AAAGUCAAAACCUCACCAUAGGCCUUCUCCCCAUCGGCUUCUCACACUUCUGGAGAAUUCUUGAAACCAAACCUCGACAAACGAACAAUCUUGAAACAGCCCCUAUGGCAGCCGCUGCGCCGCCGCCGCCGCCCGCCCCUGCUCCGACGCCGAACAUGGCAUUGCCGGACGACAGCCCCCUGCUCCACCCCCUCUUCGCCCGGGUCCGACUCGCCACGCUGUUGGACGUCCCCCACAUCCACAAGCAAAUCCACCAGAUGGCCGUCUUCGAGCGGCUGACCCACCUCUGCUCCGCCACCGAGGCCUCCCUCGCCGCCACGCUCUUCAACUCCCCUCCCUUCCAGUCCUUCACCGUCUUCCUCCUCGAGGUCUCCCAUAGCCCCUUCCUCGACCCGAGCCCGGGCCAGAACCCUAACCCAGCAUUCACUCCGAUUUCGAGAACCAUUAACCUCGACCUCGCCAUCGAGGACCCGGAGAGCGAGACCUUUCGGUCCGAGGAAGGGGUCACCAUCGCCGGGUUUGUCCUGUUCUUCCCGAACUACUCGACCUUCCUCGCAAAGCCCGGGUUCUACAUCGAGGACCUGUUCGUGAGGGAGUGUUACCGGAGGAAGGGGCUCGGGAAGAUGCUGCUCAGUGCAGUGGCGAAGCAGGCGGUGAAGAUGGGCUACGGGAGGGUCGAGUGGGUCGUGCUCGAUUGGAAUGUGAAUGCUAUCAAGUUCUACGAGGAGAUGGGAGCUAAGGUUCUUCAGGAAUGGAGGAUUUGCAGGCUCACCGGCGAUGCCCUCGAGGCCUAUCGCCACUUCUCCGAUCACUGAUCAGUCUUAUUCUUGGCAUUCCACGUCGCAUCGGGAAAGUUAUGGUUCCUCGGCAGUCAGAUGCGCAGUGCAGCUCGGUCGGUCCCAGUCUGGGGUUGAGAUUUGAAGGAUUUUUUUAUCUUUUAACAUGGUUUGUCGUCUGCAGCAUUUCCGGUGUGGUCGACAAUGACAUCCAUGUUAGCUUUCUAGUAGCAUCGUUGCCUUGACUGCCAGGGAUUCGGAUCCUAGUGCAGAUUAUUGUACGAGAUGGGACAUUUUUGCUUCAACUCGGACGAUGGCGUGGUAUGCUGGGAGCAACGAUUGGUCGAGUUUAAUUUAUGGUUUAAGUUUUUGUUUAUGUCGAAGGAAAUGAGAAAGAAUGUCGGUCUUCACAGGGCCUGCUGGUCUGUUUGCUUGUGUUGAUAAGAAAUGGAUUGGUCAUGACAGGACCAUUAACUGCUGAGGCUGAAGGUUGGGAAUGAGAUUGUACUCUGUGAUUUCAUGAUAUAAAAUUGUCGAUCACCUUCACUUUGAA